AUCAGUGCACGACGGAACUUCACGUGGAAAUCUUGGGAAAUCAAUGAAAUUACAACUCAGUCGAUAUUAAUGCAAAAUGUAUAAUUUUCAUCAAUUAAUUGCGGUUAUUUUCUUCGCUGUCUUCAUCAAUGUUUUAGCUGCGACAGAUAUAGUCAAGGAAGAUAACCUGGAUAGAGGUGCGCACAGCGAUCGCGGGGGACUGUGGUUCGGUCCACGACUGGGCAAGAGGUCUCUACACUACUUGAAUGAAGAUAAAAGCCAAGCCUUCUUGAGACUACUUGAAGCGGCAGACGCAAUGAAAUUCUACUACAACCAAAUGCCCUAUGAAAUGCAGGCGGACGCACCACAAACUAAAAUAUCAAAGAAAGUUAUAUUCACGCCCAAGCUCGGCAGAGCAACCGAUAAUCAGGAGAAGAGGUAUGACAACGUGGAAUUCACCCCACGGCUGGGCAGGAAACUCCCGGAGAGGAUUCUUUCUACACCCGCAGAUGAAGAAACUUUCAGGCCCGACCCAAUGAUGGUAAAUCCGAGGACCAACUAUUUUUCGCCCCGACUUGGCAGAACAUACAACUUUCAACCUAGACUUGGCAGAGAGCUUGUUUAUGAUUACUACCAGGAACCCCAAUUAAGAGUCGCCAGAAGCGUUAAGAAGGUCGAAGAAGCAUAAUCACAAAGCAUUAA